AUGGAGGAGAAUGACCCCAAGCCCAGCGAAGCGGCGGCGCCGGUGGAGGGGCAGCGGCAGCCGGAAUCCAGCCCCAGCGGCGGCUCGGGCGGCGGCGGCGGCGGCGGCAGCAGCCCGGGCGACGCGGACACCGGCCGCCGGCGGGCUCUGAUGCUGCCCGCGGUCCUGCAGGCUCCGGGCAACCACCAGCAUCCACACCGCGUUACCAACUUUUUCAUCGACAACAUCCUGCGGCCGGAGUUCGGCCGGAGAAAGGAUGCGGGGACGUGCUGUGCCGGCGCCGGAGGAGGCAGGGGCGGCGGCGAAGGCGGCGCGGGCGGCGCGGAGGGAGGCGGCGGCGCAGGAGGCGCCGAGCAGCUCCUGGGGUCGGGCCGGGAGCCCCGGCAGAACGCGCCCGGUGCGGGCGGGCCGCUGCCCGGCGGUGGCGGUGGCGAUGGCGACUCUCCGGGUGACGGCGAAGGCGGCUCCAAGGCGCUCUCGCUGCACAGCGGCGUCAAGAAAGGCGGAGAGUCCGGGGGCCCCCUGGACGGGGCGCUCAAGGCCCGAGGCUUGGGCGGAGGCGACCUGUCAGUGAGCUCGGACUCGGACAGUUCGCAGGCCAGCGCCAGCCUGGGCGCGCAGCCCAUGCUCUGGCCGGCUUGGGUCUACUGCACGCGCUACUCGGACCGACCUUCUUCAGGUCCCAGGUCUCGCAAACCAAAGAAGAAGAACCCCAACAAAGAGGACAAGCGGCCGCGCACGGCCUUCACGGCGGAGCAGCUGCAGAGGCUCAAGGCCGAGUUCCAGACCAACAGGUACCUGACAGAGCAGCGGCGCCAGAGCCUGGCCCAGGAGCUCAGCCUCAACGAGUCGCAGAUCAAGAUUUGGUUCCAGAACAAGCGAGCCAAGAUCAAGAAGGCCACGGGCAGCAAGAACACACUGGCCGUGCACCUGAUGGCGCAGGGCCUGUACAACCACUCCACCACCGCCAAGGAGGGCAAGUCGGACAGCGAGUAG